UAACGUGAUGACGCCUCGUACGUCCUGACGCCUCGUACAUCCUGACGUCAUGACGCUCCCCACGCCGCUCACGUUGAGCUGAAGCUCUUCACAUGUUUCUGUUCUCCGUUAUUUCCAUGGUUGUUUCCCGGGUCUCUGAAAGAUGUCGGUGUUUCACGACGAGGUGGAGAUCGAGGACUUUGAGUUUGAUGAAGAGACGGAGAUGUAUUACUUCCCGUGUCCCUGCGGAGACAGAUUCUGUAUCUCGAAGGAGGAUCUGGAGAACGGAGAGGAGACAGCGACCUGUCCGAGUUGCUCGCUGAUAGUCAAAGUGGUUUAUGACCAGGAUUUGUUUUUGUCCGGGGAGAUCAUCGCCGCUUCGUCAGAAAGCAAACUGGAGCUGCUUCAGUCCUGACCCCCUCCUCAUCUUCCUCAUCUUCAUCAUCCUCCUCUUCGUCCUCUUCAUCUUCAGAUAAACACCUUUAUUUUUAGCCUGAUUCCAGUUUUAUUCUGACAGUACGGUGCGUUCAGGUGCUGCUGGGACUCUGAGCGCUCCUCUGACAGGACGGUGCGUUCAGGUGCUGCUGGGACUCUUAGUGCGCCUCU